AUGUAUCGAAUAGCGGCGUAUUCUACGGAAUCAUUUCGUGACUUGCUAGUGAUCGUGAUGGAGCGUACACCCAAGUACUGUAUCAUUGGAGCAGGGGCUGCAGGAUUGAUCUGUGCCAGGCACGCGUCCAAAGCUGCAGCAGAUAUAACAGUAUACGAGCAGACUACUCGAAUUGGAGGCACUUGGGUUUACACGGACUCUGUUGGUCAAGAUCAAAAUGGGCUUCCGAUUCAUACGAGCAUGUACGAAGGUCUGCGCACCAACUUACCUCGACAGACGAUGGAAUUUCCGGAUUGGCCAAUUGUUUCGGAUAAAUCUUACGUCAAACAAGAGGAAGUCCUGCAAUGGUUGGAGGAUUACGCAACCAAAUUCAAUUUACUGAAGCUCAUAAGGUUUGAACAUCAAGUAAUAAGAGUGUCACCGACCUACAACAAGAAAAGAAAAUGGGAGGUGAUUGUGAAGGAUCUAAAGGAUGAUCGAUACGACACACAUCUUUUCGAUUACGUAAUGGUUUGCAAUGGUCAUUACUCGCAUCCAAAGAUUCCAAAAUAUCCCGGAAAAGAUAUUUUCAAAGGGUUGCAACUUCACAGUCACGACUACCGUAAAGCUGAUCAGUUCAAAGGACAAGAUCUUCUGCUGGUCGGUGCAGGUUACAGUGCAUCGGAUAUAGCAAUUGCAACCGUUAAAGUUGCGAAAAGUGUCACCGUCAGUUAUCACAACCCAAAGAAAGUUGAAUUUGACAUUGAGGGGUCCAUAACCGUCAAACCCGAUAUUUCUAAACUAACUUCAACAGGGGUAGAAUUUGUUGAUGGAAGCCAAAAGGACUUUUCGGUGAUCAUCUAUUGCACCGGCUACAAUUAUACUUUCCCUUUUUUAAGUGUCGAUUGUGGCAUUCGAUUGGAGGAAAACCAUGUACAGCCGCUAUACAAACAUGUGAUCAAUAUCAACCACCCUACAAUGGCGCUAAUUGGCAUACCCUUCUCCUGCAUCCCCACUCAGGUGGUAGAUCUUCAAGCACAACUGUGUAUGGGGUAUUUCACAGGUGAGAAACAGAUUCCAGUCAAAGAUGAAAUGUUACAAGAUAUGGCAGACGACGUUGCUCUCCGAAGACGCAGAGGAUUACCACGAAAGUGGAUGCACAAGAUGCAGGGAGAUUUUCAUUCCAAGUACUACGAUGAUUUAGCGAGGACUGCCGGCAUUCAACCAAUUAGACCAGUGGUGAUGGCGCUUUUCGAUGAGAGCAUGCGAAGGAGAACAAAAGAUGUUCUGCGCUAUCGUGAGGAUAACUUUGAAGUGAUAAAUGAUGAAGAGUUUCGUUUCUUAUGAAAUAACAAUUUGUCAAAUAAAGGAAUAAAUUAACAAAACUCAAA